UAUCUCUUUGUUGAUGACUCUUGUUGGUGUUUUCCGUCUCUUCUCAAAUGCUGUUCUUUCCAGCUGUGAGCGAUGGCCUCCAAAACGGACAUGCCGGCUCCUGUGUGCCUGAUAGAAAACAGGCAAGGAAAGCUUUUUGUCUGUCCAGAAGCCCUCCGUUGGCUUUCUCAGAUCCACCAGCCGGUGGUGGUGGUGGCUAUUGUGGGGUUGUACCGAACGGGCAAGUCCUACCUCAUGAACAAACUGGCUGGCAAAAACUCAGGUUUCGCUCUGGGCUCUACAGUGCAAGCAAACACAAAAGGCAUCUGGAUGUGGUGUGUUCCCUACCCUGAUAGGCCUCAUCAGACCCUUGUUCUUCUGGAUACUGAGGGACUAGGUGACGUGGAAAAGGGAGAUACGCGAAAUGACACCUGGAUCUUUGCUUUGGCUGUGCUUCUUAGCAGCACCCUGGUCUACAACAGCAUGGGCACCAUUGACCAGAAUGCUAUGGAUCGGCUUCAUUAUGUGACGGAACUGACAGAGCGCAUCAAGGCAAAAGCCCCAUCUGGGAAAAAUGCUGGAGGACUGGAGGACUCGGCUGAGUUUGUCCGCUUCUUCCCGACCUUCAUCUGGGCUUUGAGGGAUUUCACGCUGCUGCUGGAGCUGAACGGGCGCCCCAUCACCGAGGAUGAGUAUCUUGAAAAUGCCUUGAAGCUAAAGAAAGGUGAUACCCAAGAGGUCAACCUGUUCAAUCUGCCACGCAAAUGCAUCCGUUUUUAUUUCCCCCAACGGAAAUGCUUUAUUUUUGACCGCCCGACCCAGAGAAAGAAUAUGCAUCUGUUGGAACACAUGAAGGAGAGCGAGCUGGACCCUGAGUUUGUGGAGCAAGCAGGCCAGUUUUGUCGUUACGUCUACUGGACAUCCAAGGAGAAGACCAUCCCGGGAGGGCACGUUGUUACUGGCCGUUUGCUGGCAAAGCUGGCAGAGAGCUACGUGGAGAGCAUCUGCAGUGGGAAAGUGCCGUGCAUGGAGAAUGCGGUCCUUGUCUUGGCUGAGAUGGAGAAUUCGGCUGCUUUGGGCCAAGCCUCUGCCCGCUACGUGGAGCUGAUGGAGAAAAAGCUGAAACUGCCCACCGAGACCACCCAGCAACUGCUGGAGAUCCAUGCCGAAUGUGAGAAAGAAGCCCUCCGCGUGUUCAUGGAUCGUUCCUUCAAGGACGAUACGCGACACUUCCAGGCUAAGCUUAUGAAAACUAUAAAUGAGAAGAAGGAACACUACUGUCAUCAGAAUGAAAUGGAAUCCAGAAAAUGCUGUGAGGUGGUCUUGACAUCACUGUCUCAGGAGCUGGACAAUAAAGUCCAGGAAGGCAUUUACUCCCGUCCUGGUGGCUAUAAGUGUUUUGUGGCUGACCUGAAGAAAGUGGAAGAAAGAUACCGCCAGGAACCUAGAAAAGGAAUAAUGGCAGAGGCAGUCCUGCAGGAGUACCUUAAGAAAAAAGAGGAUGUCGGCCGAACCAUACUUCAGAGCGAUAAAAACCUCACAGAGAAAGAGAAGGAAAUGGCAGAGGCCAAGGCGAAGGCUGAGGCAGCAGAACGAGAGCGAGAGCUCCAGAAGCAGAAGGUGGCUGAGCAGCAACAGAAGAUGGAGGAUCUGAAACGGAGCUACGAGAUGAACCGUCAGGAGCUGGAGGAGAAAAUGAAGAGAGAACGGGAGUUGCUACUGGAGGAGCAGCAGAAGAUGAUAGAAAGCAAACUUGCUGUAAAUAUCCUAGGCUUGUUUAGUAUCUGGGGCUGAGCCACC